AAAGCAUGCUUGAAGACUUGCACCAAAGCUUUUUAUUUAUCACAAAUGAUUAUAUCAUAAUUGCAUGCUCUCAAAAGCAGAUAGUGGUUUCUCAGUGUAUCUGAGUUCAUUCUGCUGGGUCUUUGUUGGUUUGUUGUAAUGCGACCGUUGUUCUGUUUCAGAUUCAGGAACGUUAACAGGAGGUGAGCUCGACUCUCUGCACAUCACAGCGUCUGCUUUGAUGAAGAUAGGAAACACAUCCUUUCUUCCUGUCUUAAUGUUUCUGCACACUCGACUCUUUUAUUUACUCUGAAACUAUCUCUUUUUUCACAUUAAAAUCACGUUCAUGUGCUAACGUUAUACCUGUUCCCUUUAUAAACUUAUAACCACAACAUCAAAUCUCUGUAUGUUGUUGACAGGCAUCAUCAUUUUGAUCCUCAUCCUGAUCCUGAUUUUUUUUCUGCUUGGAAUUUUAUUUUUUCUGAGAAAGAAAGCAAGGAGUUACUCAUUUGAUUUGACUCGUGUCGAUGGACCUGGCAAUGAUUAUGAAACCCCGCUCAGGAGCGACCAACAAGGCCUAAGCUAUGAACAAACCAACAAAGGCAAGUAUCUGCCUGUGUCUUUGAAUUUCAUACAAGAAGACAAGUCUGAGGAAAAGACCAAUUCGAUAGCAAAUGGCUCUGCAGGAGAGAAAACCGAACAAACACCUACCAGUGAAAACGAUGCCCCAGAAGAGAACAGUUUCUCUCCAGACUCGAGUUUGUUCACACCAGUGAAGAAAGUGGAGUUUAACCUGGAUCUGGAUCUGCUUGGGAGUGAAUCUGAAUUAAGUGGUCUGACCGAAGCCGAAGCAACAGAUGCGGCGCAGAAUGAAAACAAUAAUAACGUCAGUAAUGCUGGGCGAGGAACAGCAGAAGAGGUCUUCACUGAAAUCAGUCUAGACGAGCCAAAGGAACAUGCAUAGCAUGUGUUUCCCAUCCAACAAUCAAGAUCUCUGGUCUUUAGAGCCUAGAUCUAACUAUAUAAUGCCUGGAUCCAGACUAUAUGAGUGCAAAAGA